AUGACCACCAUCCUUGCCCACCCCCACCACACCCCUUCGCGAUCAAUCACCCCGGUGCAGUCGCUCAAGUUUGUGCCUCCCAGAUUUAUGAAAUUCGGAUUCUUCUUAUCGCUCGUUACGGAUUCAGCUUCAAGAUUGUCAGACUCGGUGACUUCUUCAAACGCUCAAAAGAGAUCCGCACGCGGUAACCACUUCCAUAGCUACUACGCUGGCGAUUCAACUCACCCAACAUUGGCUUGGGCCAACCGCUCACAAAAUCUUUGUUACUCUGCGUCUUACUCUCGCUUUGGCCCGUUAACCCUGCAGACUGCAGCAUCUGCGAACAACUCACUUCUCCCAGCUCAAGCUCCGAAAACAAUCAUGUCCACAAAUCCUAUCUCGACUUCCUCCGAUACUGAAAGCGUCAUUUCCUGUGCAAAAGAAAGAACAAUUUUCGACGAAGAGGAGUUAUACAACACGCUGACAGAUGUAUAUCUACCCGAGGUCAAGCAGCUCCCUGUUCAAACACUCGGCACCAAUCUUGCAUACGCAAGUUCUUGCAACUCACUUUCAAUAUCUACUGGCUACUACUCCGCGAAGAAUAAACUUGAUGACGAUGGUCUAGAUUUUGAACAAGAAGACUCCAGACCGUGUUCGCCGGAUACGCUGCAUACACCGGAAAGGCCUUAUCAGCGGCAGGGACCUUGCCGUUAUAUCUUUGAAGAAGACCCUAGUUUUGUCGCCUCUUCUAAACGUGGAUGGAUGAAUUUCAUUGCUCUCUUCGCAAUCAUCACUAUUCUCCUUGGGGCGUUUGUGGUCUGGCCUGUAUGGUGGGACGUGAUUCACCGCCGGCAUCGCGAUUCACUUGGUCAAUAUGAUCUGGCUCGUCAAAGCGGGCCCUUUCUGUCAUCCGAACUUCCGGGCAAUAGCUUGACUUAG